CAGAUGGCGCUGUCUGUAGUAAACAUAGCGGUUAUUCUAUGUUUUGCUUAUGGAAAAUUUGAUAUCGUUGUUCAUUAGAAACUUCUGUAAAUUUGCUUCUUGAAUUUGUGUAUUUAAUCAACAUCCUUUGUAUUUAAUAUUAAAAACCAAUCUUGUAUUUUGAAAAAUUUAAAAAGAAAAGGGUGGAAAAUGGGAUGUGAAGAAGAUGUAUUUAAAAUCGGCAAGAAAUUAGACAAGAUGGUUGCAAAUGGCGCCCAGGAGCAAGCUUUAGAUUUGCUGAAAGCUUUGAGAGAUCUUCCUAUCACUCUUGACAUACUGCAGAAAACUCGGAUUGGCAUGACAGUUAAUUCAUUAAGGAAAUCAUCUAGUGAUGAUGAAGUCAUUACUUUAGCCAAAAGCUUAAUAAAAGCUUGGAAGAAAUUAUUAACAGACACUCCAAGUUCAAAAGGUGAUGGUAAUGGAAAUAGUAGGGAAUCCAAGGGAGAUAUCUCUAAUGGCAGUACAGCUUCCCAGAAAUCUGAAUCUAGUAAAGAAUCCUCAUCUAAGGGACAACCUUCAUCCAAGCCUUCAACUCCAAAACAAACUACUUUUCCUGCUGAGACUUCAAAUUCUGUAAGAAUAAAAUGCCGAGAAUUGCUAGCUGCUUCUCUAAAAGUUGAUGAACAAGAGGAUGAUUUUGGAAAUCCUGAUGAUUUGGGUGCAAAAAUAGAAGAUUGUAUAUUUGAAGAGUUUGGUGACACCAAUAUGAAAUACAAGAAUAGAGUCCGUAGCAGGGUUGCUAACUUGAAAGAUUCAAAAAAUCCUGCAUUGAGAGUAAAUGUUUUAAAAGGAUUGAUUGAGCCUGCUAGAAUAGCUGUCAUGACAGCAGAUGACAUGGCAAGUGAGGAAAUGAAAAACCUUCGUCAAAAAUUUACCAAAGAAGCAAUAAAUGAUGCCCAAAUGGCUGUAACUGGUGGUACUAAAACGGACUUACUGAAGUGUGGAAAGUGCAAAAAGAGCAACUGUACAUACAAUCAAGUGCAGACUAGAAGUGCUGAUGAACCUAUGACAACUUUUGUAUAUUGCAAUGAGUGUGGACAUCGGUGGAAGUUCUGCUGAAAACUUUCCCCCUCAAAAGAAUUUUUUUUCUGCAAAUCAACUGGAAAGUGCACAGAUUUAAUCCUUUGCUGGUGUCUAGUGUAAAUAGUCAUUAUUAUGUGGUUGGAGUGUGUGCAUUGUUAAAAGCAACAUUGUCAUCUUGUCCACUUUUCAUAUUUUGUAAAGACAUGAUUGAAAUUUUUCUAUGUUACAUUAAAGAUUGACUAUAUUAUGUAGUCUUACAUAUUGCAAUUUAUUUAGUUAUUGUAUGUCUAGAGUAAAAGUUAUAAGCUUUUUUUUUUGUAAUUUUUGUGACAAAAUUUGGACUAAUUUAUUCUUUUAUCUCCAUAAUUUUAAUUCUUCUUUUUUUUCUAUAUUACAUACAUAAAUUUAGACUUAGAAACUGAACUUGAUAUUCUUUAAUGUGUAGAAAAGAAAUGAAAAAAUUACUGAUAAAUUUAUUAGUCAAUCUGACCUAGUUGUCAAAAUGACUUUUAAAUUCAUUUAUAUUGUCUUGAAUAACAAAACUUAUUGUGUUAAAAAAAAAAACUAAAAUUAUUAAUAAUUUUGAAGUUAAGUACCAAAAUUGAUUUUUCUAUUAAAAAAAUAAGCAAGAAUAAAAAAAAGAGUAAAUUUUUUUUUCAUAAAUUCCUUUUUUUAGUUGGUAACUAAUAGUUAUACCACAUUUUUCAAUUUUUUUUUUUUUUUUAAUUUAAUGGAAAAAUUUUAAAUUUGUUAAAGAAAAACUUACAUAUUGUUUCUUGUGUCAAUUUUUAUUGCUUCAAUACAAUUAUUAGAAAUCAUUAUUCACUUUAAAUAAUUAGGGUUAUGUUUCUUUAUUUUUUAAAAAUUUUCAUUUGGUAAAUAUAUUACAUUCCUAGUUGUACCACCUAAUUUGUUAUUCUGUGUUUUGGGAAAAGCAAUAGGUUUUAUGAGAUUCGUUUUUGUACCUCACAUAUGCCAAGUGUCUUAUAAUCCAUAUUCCUUUGUAUUUAUUUUAUUUAAACACUAAACUUUUAUGAGGAAAUUUUAAGUUGCCAUCAACCAUUAAAGUUUUUUUAAUUCAAAUUUUAUUGAAAAUUUAAUACUGUGCCAUCUCAGGUAAAUAUGAAUUCUAAUGCUUCUAAUUCUUACCUUUGUGUAUCAAUCCAGAAGGAACAUGGUUAACUUUUAAAGAGAUUAUAUUAAUUUUUUCUCUGCAAUAUUUUAAAGACCUGUUUUCACUCUUUUGAUCAUAUCUGUUAAAAAAUUAAAAAUGUUUGAAGAAAAGAAAUAUUUUUUCAUUCAUUUUCCUGGCUAGAGAUUAUUUUUUUUCUUCUGUAAAUUUGUUUUCUUUGUGUAAUUUUUUGAGAAAAAUUUGUAGAACAGUUACUGUUGUUGAAUACCUUUUUAUGUAUCUUUUCUAUUCUUAGUAUAACCUAGGUUUAUUUGUUAAAAUAAGGAAAACGCUCAAUUUAUGGUUCAGGUUUUGUUCAAAUAUGUGUGAUUUUUUUUAAAAACUUUUUUUUCUAUUACUGAGUUACUCUUAAGAUUAUAAAAUGUAUGUUAGAAAUUUCCCCUUAAAUUUACCAGAGCAUUAAGUUGUGUGUCAUGUUUUAUAUUUAGCUGUAAAUUUGUAAACCUUUUAAUUUUUGAAAAAAAGUUAACAAUUGUAGAUUUUAAGACAGGUUGGAAUUGAUUGUAAAGUAUUUUAUUGGUUUGUAGAUGACGUUAAGUAAUUCACAAAAUAAAAAUAUUCAUUCAUUGUCAA